CCGCGUAAGGAUUUUGGCGCCAAGACUGACCUGGCAGCCGCCACGUUGGCAUCCACGUCGAUUUCCCCCCAAAUCCUGCGCACAAUAACCCUGCAUAUCCCGUCUCCUCUCUCUCUCUCUCUCUCUCUCUCGCUCGUUUUGCUGCAGCGCAGUCUAUCGCCUCCCACAAUGGACUCGUCGGAAUCGCAACGAUCGACGCCGUUCACUCCGUUGAAGGAAAAGAAGAUCAUCCAAUCGGGCUCGCUCCAGUCAUCUUCCUCAGCUGGAUCCGCCAUCCUGUGGAGCUCCAAAACCCCCGAAAAACCCUCGAACCCUCCGCGCCGCUCCGGCCGAGCCCGCAACCGCGGCAUCGCGCUCUCUGUCAAGGAUGUCAAGGAAGUCGCCAAAAGCCUCUGCGAAUCGAGCCGGGAUCGUUCGAUUUUGCCGGAUAAUAUCAGUUCCGGCCAAUCGAACUCCAGUGCUCCUCGGAAGCAGAUUAAAAGCUCUGUUUGUAAAUCGAAGAGCGUCGAUCGCCCAAUGAAGCUCCCUGAAAAGUAUGAGAUGUUGGGCGAGUUUUUUGAUAGCAUGGAUAGUUCGAUUCGAUUGCUCCGGAUGAAGGGUUCUAUGUCAACUUUUACUAACAUUUGCCGGAAAGUCGAGUGUUUGACUGAUAGGAGGUUUUCAUACGGUCAUUUAGCGCAAUUGAAGUUUAUUUUGCCCGAGGCAAUUGGGAUAAAGAAGAUUCUUAUGCUUGAUGAACAAACAAAAUGCAUGAAACCGGAUCUUCACAUAACUUUGAAUGCUGAUGCAAUAGAGAAUGAAGAAAAUCUGAAAUUGCACAGCGGGAAUUUGCAGUUGAGAAAGGUCUUCCGAUCGCGGUUGCUGGAUUUCUGUAAAGCCCAUCCUGAGGGAGAUGAUGUUCCAGAGGAAAUGCUGCCUGAACCAUUCAAUCAGUCAAAGCACGAUGCACAUUUGAGUACAAGAGUGGAUUCCAAGACACCUGGCCUACCUGGGACAUUAAGUGAUGCACAAGCAGAACAGCUGCCUGGUGUGGCGUCCCAUCUAUCUCAAUCUUUUUGCAAGAAGUUCUCAAAGAUAUUUUCUAGCAAUGAAGCGGAAAACAUGCAUGAAAAGCUAACUAAAUCUUCUUCAAGACUAUCAGUUCCAGACUGCUUUUUCAAUAAUCCGUACAGUGAGGAGGCUAUUUCUUCAUCUGUUCCAUCCAAUGUUAAAUUAUCAAAACUGGCCACAAGUAAGAAAUGUUUAGCCACUGGGGUAUCUUCAUCUCCUUUACCACAGUCUCACCUGCUUGCAACCCCAAGUAAAGAAAUGACUUCUGCAAGGAAUGAAGAUGGCUCUUCCACACAAACUGGUGACAUCCAGGGUACUCCUGCAGAACUCGUUUCAACUCCCGCAAAGCUGAUGACUGUAACACCUGCAAUGCAGCCACCAAAGAGAUCUUAUAUGAGUCCUGAUGAUUCUUCAACAAGCUCACCAAAAAAGUUAGUUAGGCGUCCACCUCGGUCAUUGAAAUUUGACACUCCAGUGAAGAGAACAAAAGUUAAUGACCAAGAGAAUAGCAUGGGUGGCGGCUUAUCAGUUGAUAGUGAUAUUCUGGAUAUACUUCCCGAGAAUCUUGUGCAAUCGCUCAGAGAGAAAGAGAGGAAGGCAUUAGAAGAGCAGGAUCCUGCCAUCUCACAAGCAAAGAGGCGGCGAGAAAUGAUAGCUUGCCUACCUACACUAUUCAACAUGAUUCAUUUUUUAUUUCAAUCAAUCAAGCGCUCUGUUAUCACCAAGGAGGAGCUCAUACACAAAAUAAUUGCAAGCCACUGCAAUAUUGCUGAUCGGAGAGAAGUUGAAGAUCAGCUCAAAUUGUUGCAAGAACUAGUUCCAGACUGGAUUUAUGAGAAGUUGGCAGCCAGCGGGGAUUGUCUGUUAUGCAUCAAUAAGGGGUCUAAUCCUGAGCUAAUACGCACAAGACUGACAGAAGCAAACCAAUUCAAAAAGCAUCAGGCUUGCCAAAAUUAGGCCUACUGGGUGGUGGUGGCUGAAUCUUCUGAGACUGAAUGUAGUUUGAACGUCGUACAGUAUGCAUAAAAGCUGUGAUGAGCUUUUUCUUAGUCCUUUACUACUGCAUUCUAAGAAACAUCUAGUGGUUCUCAUUCUCUCCUACCUGCUCAACAGUGGGAGCCUCCGGGCUUAGGAAUUUUCCAAAGAAUAGAGCUUUUCUGCUCCGUUUUGCCUCUCUCUCUCUCUCUCUCCAAAAAGAUGCUGCUGAGUGAAGUGUUGUUGAGCUGCUUGUAACCAGGAAGUGAGAUCCUUCCCACCUACCUGGAUCCUCAUCUGUCAUUAGAUUAUCAAAGAGAAUGAGAUGGAAGUUUCUGCUGAAAGCUUGAAGGAUCAUUACCAGUUCUCUUAGCUUUGGUAUUUAGAUGAGAUAACCAACUAUGUAGCAUCUACAUCCAGAUUUCAAGUAUUGUAUAUGUCAUUAGUCCGAUCCUUUGUAGAAACUACAUGUAAUAAUGAACGUGCAAAAUGGAACUCUUUAUCAUAAAGAGAUUCAUUGUUCCUGACUUUGCUUCACCUUAGUUGUUAUUUGAGCUAGUAAAAGUUAUGUCUUGGUCCAA